ACUGGGCCUCCUUCACCACCGCGUUUGUUUCUUUCAUAGCUUCAUAUAUUCGUUGCCCUUCUUCUUCUUGCAGUCCUUAUCUUUCUCUCUUCCACGCGGCCGGGCUCUGGCAUUCCAUUUGCAAUACUACUACCUCCUUUUGAGUUGCCUCCCUUGUUGUGCUCACUCUACGCACAUCAUGAGAACCACACUCCUCCUUGGAGUGGCAUGCCUUCUGUCAAAUGCCGCCACCCAGCAGUUCGUCAUGUACACCCCCGGCGGCGACGACACUUCUGUUGAGCGUGCCGACCCCAUCGUGUCUCCGGGCAAUAUCAGCCAGCAUGUACAUCAGAUCUUCGGAAGCAAUGCAUUCGCCCCGGAAGUGAGCUAUGAAUCGCUGCAGAAGGCCGAUUGCACCACCGUGGCCGACGCCUCCAACCAAGGCAAUGCCGCCGACAACAGCAUCUACUGGCACCCCGCGCUAUACAUGGAAGCAUCGAAUGGAACGGGCUACAUCCGUGUGCCCACCAACGGCCACAAACUCUACUACAAGAACGCCGGGACUGGCACGCCACGCGAUCCCUUCGAGUUUCCUCACGGCUUUCGCAUGCUUGCCGGCGAUCCAUUCCUACGCGCCGCGCAUCCCAACCUCCAGCGCCAAAACAUCACGCAAUGGAUCUGCCACCAAGCAGUCGGGAUGAAUCAAGGAACGAGCGGAGGCUUUCCCACUGGCGUCACUAAUUGCCCGAAUGUCGAUGGCUUCAAUGGCGCCAUCCACUUCCCACACUGCUGGAACGGCGGGGAUUUUGACCCUGCCGAUCCCACCGCCCAUGUCAUUUACCCUUCCGGCGACAUCGAAAACGGCGCGUGUCCACCAUCGCAUCCCACUCGGCUGCCUCACAUCUUCAUUGAGAACACGUUCAAUCUCGAUGCCGUCUACGAUGCCGUCAAGCCAGAUUCCUUCGUUCUUUCACAAGGUGAUGCUUCUGGCUAUGGUUGGCACUUCGACUUCUUUUCAGGCUGGAAGGACGGCGCCAUCCCUGCCUUGCUGGCGCAAUGUCCGCAAGGCAGCUACGGGAAUGAAGACAUCGGCACCUGCCCCAACUUCGAACCGCGGAGCACCCCGGCGAGCGAGUGCAAGUUGAACACGUUCUUCCGCGAGAACGUCAACAGUCCCGGUAAGAAUCUUCCGGGAUGCAAUCCGAUUGUGGACACCAACCCAGCACCUCAGUAUGUCCCCGCGCCCCGCGGCGUAUCCUCGACACACUGCACUCUCGUUGCGAAUGGUGCAUCGUCGGGAAAUCCACCCGCAAAGUCAAGUCGGACUAGGGGCUCAAAGCACUCUAAGACGGCCACAGCAAAGCGGUCUAAGACGUCCAUAGCGAAAACUCGAACCGAAUCAUGAAUGGUUCACGAGGAGGCUGCUUACUAUGCAGUGGCAGGAGGUUGUGGGUCUCUACUAGUAACAAAGCUCAUCGUUUCAAUGGCAAGACAUUUCACGAGUCAGCAGAAGACAGUUCAGGCUGAUGCCGACCACUUGUCGAGCUAGGCUGGCCGUCAACCUGAGUAUAGCACAGGUGCCGAGUCCCAAUGAAGGACGGUGUUCGAACUCCAUACUGUAGUCU